GGGGCAAUUAUUUUUUGCGUCACUCUAAAGCACGAUAAGCCCCGCGAUAAAUAAAUUUACCCCACCAAAACUUUUUCAAUUCUAGGCCCAACAACCCUGAAGGCUAUUCUGCCUCUGAGAUUUACAAAGUACCUAACCUGACUUUACUUUACUUACUUGCAUAAACUUUCAUUUCUAACUUACAACCAACUCCUCGUCCCUUCACUACAUGUGAUUAAAACAAACUCUGAGAGAUUUGCUUGUCAGUUACUCAUAAGCGAAGCCUCACAAAUUAAAAAAUAAAGAAAAAAUAAAAAAGAUAGCUAAAAAUGCCGAAAGGCAAGUGGAUCGAUAAGAAGACGGCCCAGCACUUCACGCUGGUCCAUCGUCCCCAAAAUGACCCUCUAAUCCACGACGCUGAUGCGCCGUCCAUGGUGCUCAACCCUACACCCCUCCCCAAUGCUUCCAAGGUGAGGAAGCUCAACGACCUCGCGUCCGAGCUGGGCUCCGAUGCCGAGCACAUCCGCGCGAACGAGGGCGAGGCCGCCAACUACGGCGUUUUCUUCGACGACACCGAGUACGAUUACAUGCAGCAUCUGCGCGACCUGAAUUGCGGCGGCGGCGGCGAGGUGGUUUUCAUCGAAGCGGAUAACGGCCCUAGCAAUAAGAACAAGGGCAAGGGAAAGCAGAAGCAGAGCCUGGAGGAUGCGCUGAAGAAGCUGGACGUCGCGGACGAGGAGCGCAAGCGGGCGGAGCUCUUCGACGAGGACUUCUUGCCGUCUAAGAACCUGCAGCACAUCACGUACCAGGCGCAACAAGAUAUCCCCGACGCCAUCGGCGGGUUCCAGCCGGACAUGGACCCGCGGCUGCGCGAGGUGCUCGAGGCGCUCGAGGACGAGGCGUACGUCGACGACGACGAGGACGUUUUCGCCGAGCUAGCGAAAGACGGGCGGGAGCUAGACGAUAUUGAAUUCGAGGCGGAUUUCGACGAGGACGACGGCUGGGAAUCCGACGACACCGCCAAGCCGACCAAGGAGUACAAAGACCGCUCCGAAGUAGUGCCUGACCUGGUGCCCGUUGAAGACGAGCAAGACGGCAGCGGGGAAGCGGUCAAGAACGAAGGGUGGCUAGAGGACUUCAAGAAAUUCAAGAAGGACCAGAGCAAGCCCGGCGGCGCUAGGGUAUCCUUCGUCGGCGCGCCGUCGCAGUCGGACGUGCAGUCUUCGCUCAUGACGACGACGACGAACGGCGGCCUGAGGAAGAAGCGCAAGGGCGCGUUGACGAGCCAGUCGGGCUACUCGAUGACGUCGUCGUCGCUGUUCCGCACCGAGCAGCUCGGCAUCCUGGACGCGCGGUUCGAAAAGAUCGAGGAGCAAUACAACGAGGAUGAUUUCGACGAUGACGAAGACGGAGGGGCAUCCAUGUCGCAGAUUUCGACGGCGUCCAGCGUAACGGGAGCCGUGAGGGGCGAUUUCGACAAUAUCCUGGAUGACUUCCUGGGCGGCUACUCGAUGCACGGCAAGAAGCAGGUGAAGAAGGGCCAGUGGAAGAGCGGCACCGACCAGCUCGACGAGAUCAGGCGCGAGUUGGGUCCGGCCAAGAUCCGCGGCAAAUAUGGUAAGCCGCAAACAUCCAGGUUGGCAUCAGCAUCGGCGUCUAGGUAGAUGGACAGUGCUGGUAGGUGGACACAAGUCAUAGAGAUAGAUACCCAGAGAACACCAGGAAAAUAGCAACUAGGUUCAAAAGAUUGACUUGUUAGGAAGAAGGAAUAUGGAACAAAAGGCAAUUGAUAUGAAUGAUAUAGUUAAUGAUUGCUAAGUUUACACACACUUAUGCUUUGAGCAAUAGGCACCUAUUCGAAGAAUUUUCUGAGUAAAGUAUCAAUUCGUGUCUAUUGCUACAAUGUUGUUAUCGCUAGCAAAGAAUGAUACUCGCUCCGUUGACAACCGAGCUUCAGCUGCUUAUGCUACUUACAUAGUCCAAUACU